UCCCCUCCUGGCAGGGAGGGAUGGAGGCGGAUCAGGAGCGCACGCUUCCUGCCAAGGGACGGCUCUGAUGCUCGCAGGCAAAGCCGGGGGCCGGCAGGCAGGAAGGAGACGCGCAGCCCGGCUGGACUCGGCGAUCGCAGCCCCAGCCCCCGCCGGGAGCGAGUCCGGGCUUCGCCCCGCCGCUGCCGCAUCGCUCCCGCCGCCGGCCCGGGCUCGGCAGCUGCCCCCCCCCCCCGGGGCUGCCUGGCUGCGUCGGGAACAAAGGGAAGUCGCCCCCCGCCGCCCCUCCCAGCAUGAAGCUGCCUUGGCUGGCGCCGGGGCCCCGGGCGCUCGGGCGGCUCCUGCCGCUGCUGCUGCUGCUGUUGGCCGGCCAGGCUGCGCUGGCACAGCGCUGGCGUAACGAAAACUACGAGAGGCCCGUGGACCUGGAAGGGUCAGGGGAUGACGACCCCUUUGCGGAUGAUGAAAGUGACGACCUCUACUCGGGGUCUGGCUCGGGAUAUUUUGAGCAGGAGUCUGGGAUUGAGACGGCGGUGAGGCUCCGCACGGACACGCUCCCCACCACCCCGGCCGUGCUGCCCGUCACAUCCGUGCAGCCCGUGGCAACUCCCUUUGAAAUGCUGCCUGCAGAGGAAACCACCCCUGAGCAGGUGACCAGCGUCCUGUACAUCCCCAGGGUGACAGAGGCACCGGCGAUUCCCAGCUGGAAAGCAACUACCCCCAGUGCCACGGCCAGUGACACCCCGCCACCCGCAACGGCAGCUGCUGCCGCCAGCCCCACCGCUCCCACUGCCAAGCCAACAACCGUCCGGAGGAUCCUGCCUCCCUUCGUCACGACGACGGCCACAACGCGGGCCACCACCCUGGAAAUGCCGACCGCAGCUGUGACGGAAGCCAGCACUGUCACGGAGGCUGCCACAUCCCGGCUCGUCACCCCCAGCACUGCCAGGCCCAGAGCCGGCCCAAAGUCGAGCACCUCCAGGACCGUGGUCGUCACAGAGAAAAGCACGGUCUUGCUGCCGCCGGCUGCUACCUUGGCCCCCACAGACGCACCCCAGACCGAGCCGCUGGACGUGACCGUGUCCACGGCCCUCGACAACGAGCUGGAGGUUCCUGUCAGCGGAGGGCCCAGCGGGGACUUUGAAAUCCGUGAGGAGGAAGACACGACUCUGACGGAGCUCAAUAACGAAGUGAUCGCCGCGGUUACCCCGGCAGCAGGGCCGGGGCUGGGGAAGAAUGCAGAGCCUGGCCUCAUAGACAAUACGAUAGACUCUGGGAACUCGGCUGCCCAGCUCCCCCAGAAAAACAUCCUGGAGAGGAAAGAAGUGCUAAUAGCUGUCAUCGUGGGCGGUGUGGUCGGGGCGCUCUUUGCUGCCUUUCUGGUCAUGCUGCUCAUCUACCGGAUGAAGAAGAAGGACGAAGGGAGCUACACACUGGAGGAGCCAAAGCAGGCGAACGUCACAUACCAAAAGCCCGACAAGCAGGAGGAGUUCUAUGCAUAAAAAGAGCCCAGAGUGCCUCUCUCUCAGUUUCACUCGAUUUCUGGUUCAACCUCCCUCUGCCCCCACCCUCCCCCAUCCAAUCUCUCUUUCGCGCUCUCUUUCUGAUGGGACUGUGAGUUGAACAAACAAACAAACACUAUAAUAAAAAGAAAAAAAAACAUCUUCAGUUUAAAAAUAUACAAAUAAAGUGUCACCGAUUUAACACGAAUACCGUAACCUUUCUCCAGCGGACACAGCGUUUGCAGGGGACAGCAAGCGUGAGGAGCGAACGGGCAGCCAACUUUCAGUGCCUAUGCGAACACUCCUCAGACGAGAGCAUGCUUGGGUGGUCAUUUUCCUGAUGAUGGUUGGAGUUUCCUGGGUUUACCAAACAACACGACUGACUCUGAGAUCUGAACACCUGUUACCAGAAUUGGGGUAGGGGUGGGAAUUUGGGGAGAGGGAAGGGUUUCUUUCUUUUUGUGGGGUUGCAGGUUUGGUUUCUUACUGGGAAUCGCUGCUCCAUGGCUCUAUUCGGAAAGAGGAUGCGACUGUCAAAUACAAUGUCAAGCCUUGAAAAAGCACAAUGAGAUGAAACAGCGAAUGCUGCGGUUUGCUCUCGGAAUGAAAAAUGGCCAGUGGGCUGGAGAGGAGCUUUUAGAUCACCUCCUCAGAAAGUUCACAUAGCUGCAGGGAGCCCCGUUUUACAGUUGUGUGGGGCUCCCUUCCUCACACCGCUUCACUUCAUUGCAUUGCUGUGCACAGCCAGAGACCUUAAGUGUAUAGGAACCAUGUUUUGUGGGCUGGCAAGGGGCUUGGUUGAAAGGGACCUUGCUUUUGCUGGGUUUUCACUGUGACGAAUAAAACUCAGCUAGCACAGUAUUCCCGCUCUUUGCAAACAACCAGCGCUGAUGGUUUUAAGGGAAACAGGAUAAUGGGGGCAGGGGCGAUUGACAAGAACAACAACAAAAGGCUAUAAGAGGUCUUCUGUGUUCCUUUGAAUGUGAUAAUAUUUCACAGACCUCAUCAAGCCGCGCUUUGCAGCCGUUCUCCUCAGAUGUUGUUUGGUGAUAGCUCAUGUCAAAUUGCAGAUACCGCAGGAAAUUAAAAAAAUAAAGGCGACAACGGUAGGUAUUCAAGGGUCACUGUCAGGUCAGCUUAGCUCCAUGAUGUAUCGUUUAUUAAAUCCAAGAUUGAUAUGUUUCCAUUAUUUCUUUUAGUUUUUAUUUUUAAAACUCCGGUCUAAACUUUACAGCUACGGUAGGACCCGAUUGACUUCCAAUGGGCUUUGGGUCAGCUUUGCAUGGGAGCCCAAAAGGGAAACCAACUAGAAGCAACCAUCAAACUGACUAAUGUGUUUUGAAUCAUCUGAGGUGCGUUGAAGCUGGAAAGGACAUAAGUGGCACGAGGGACUGGGCCCUUAGGGUGGAACAUUCAGUGAGAAAUUUGAAUUGGCCGGCUUUAAUAAUCAAAAGCGCUGUUCAUGAUACAGUUAAGGAAACUGGGUUUUUUAAAAGAUGAUUUAGAUCUGGACCAUGUUCCUUUGGGGCCCUGACUUUGCUAUUGUAUUUAAUUAAAAAUAAUAAUAAAAAAAAGCAGCCAACAUCCUUAUGUCACCUAUAGUCAGUCACCUUCUAGUCUGACUCUUUGAACCCUUCCAACGGCUGACUCGUGAGUGGAGGUUUAUCAGUCUACUAGUGGCUAUGGGCUAAUGUGAGCAUUUAACUCAGGCAGUAUAGACACAGGCAUUUACCUUCUGAUGUGCUUGGGUCAAUCCCCACAAAUAACCAACCUGAAGCUGUUGUGACCCAUGGAACUCUCUCGUGGAUCCGUGCGGGCAUACGUAAUUGGGAACAGGAUAUGCUCUGCGAGGGACCUUGGGGACUUGUCUUAGUGGGCUGCGCCGGGGACAAUCUGCUCUUGGAGCCAGAAAAAGUUUCAGCAUAUCCCAGAGAACAAAGCGACUCUGGCAUGUGGAUGGGAGAGAAGAAUUGUGGCCAAAGCAAACAUCCGGUGAUACCAGCUGGUAUCUGGUGAAAGGCACAAGAAUGACACCCCGGGCUUGGUUCUGAUGUCACACCAGUGUAACUCCACUGAUGUCAGCAGAGUUAUUCCUGAUUGAUCCCGGUGUAACUGACAGCGGAAUGAGGUUGUCAGUCAUAGGAAAAGGCCCCUCCAGGGCUGCCAGGAGGUGAGAGCCAAAUGUUUCAAGGUUUGGUGCAAAUCUGGAUGGAGGUUUUUUCCCCCCACCAGCUUUAGGUUGAGAUUUUUCAAAAGGGACUUUGAUUUUGAGUGUCUUUAUUUCUAGGUACUGUAUUGAGACCUUAAAGGGGGCUAAUUCUCCGGGGUGGAUUCUGAAAAUCAAGGCCCUUAUAGGUGUCUCAAUUUGGGCGCCCCAAAGACUGAGGCAACCAAAAAUCAUUAGUCCCCUUUGAAAGACAAGGUCCUAAUUCUUUUGAGAAUAUAUUAAAACCUCCAAGCUUUAUCUUUUAAAUUUUGCUUUUCUCAGCUUCCUCAUUAAUCUGCUCCAUUCUAUUUUUUCCCUUAAUAGUCUGAAGUACUGUAAUACAACUUUUUUUUUUAAUCCACAUUAGACCUCUCAGCUGGUAUUAAGUUGUAAUCCUGAUACUUAAAUCUUUUACAGGUUCGGAAGGGAGUAACGAUCUCAAAAUGUGAGUGUUAGAGCAGGCUGAAAAAUCCUUCUUUGCUUUCUCUUAAAAGAAUUUAAAGUACAAAAAGACAAAAAUAUUGUUAAUUAAAACACUGAUCAGAGUUGACCAAUGUCUUAAUUUAUUGUCCAGUAGCUGCUGCUACCACUCGCUUUCUGUGUCUCUCUUGGACUGGAAAGUAGAUGUGAUCUCAAGGAGAUUUUUAUCUUGGUUUGUAGCACACCUUUUCUUUUUAAAAUUUUUUUAAAAUCAGUCACCAAUAGGCCCUUCCAACCGUCUCAGCUAUCCAGAAGUGAAAGGGUAGAUGUAAGAAUCAACAGCUAGGAAUAAUCAUUCCAGAUGUGUUUGAUGUCUUCUCUUCUGUGCAUGGGCUGCAGGACUGGAAGUAGCUAUACCAUGAAUGUGGCUUCCUGUAUCUUCAUUUGUUGGAGGAAAUCAUCCAAGAGCUGUCAAUAAUCAGAUGCUGCAAGGAUUUGAUCCACGGCCCAUCAGAAUGAUAGGAAAGACUCCUCUUGAUUUCAGUGGGGUUAGGAUUGUGGGACCCAAUUGGAAGUCAAUGGAAGCUGGAGGAUUAACUCCGUUGGGUGCUUUUGAAAAUCCUGCUAUCAACACAUGAAGAAAUAUGAGUUUCCCCAGGGGGUUUGGUGGGACUCCGGGUGUGAGCCUUGACCAAAGGGCGGGGAGGGUGAAAAGCAGGUGGUUUUCCCCAGCUGUUGAUCCGGUAAUGAAACAGGAAAGGCAUUAUGAAAAUCAACUGGCGAUAGGUACCAUGUAAGGCAGCAUCUUACCACACCCUGGGCUUGUGUGGCUAGGGGACAUGGUGCAAAUCUCUGGUUACCUUCUCUGCUUCCCUUUCCUACCUGCUUCAAAUGCUGAUUGGUUUAUAGGGCCUAAUUCGGUGAGGUGCUGAGUGCCCUCAGCUCCAAUGGGCUCGUAGUCAAGAAAGAAACCUCAAAAUGGGAUUUCAGUGAUUCCACAUCUGAAGUUCUGGCUCUGCGCCUGCUGCCUCUUAUCUCAUGACCUGCAGUACAGAGCAUGUCUUGAUGAUCACCUGGAAAGCUUCAGCAAGCCCAGGACGCAGCUGUCCUCCAGCCCCAGGGGUUCUGAAUUCACAAGAGCGCUUCUGACCCUGCAGUCACUCCCCCUUCGAACCCGGGCGGUUACAGUCUGUUGCCCUGUUUUAACUGAACUUCUGACCCGUGGAACUUUCUUCUUCCAGGUGUCAAUCAAAGGCUGGAUGCUGCUGAUGCAUGGUGGAAGGUGCAGGUAUUUGUCCUGGCUUGUGGCUUAACACCAGCUAGCCAAUGGAAAGUCAGUUGGAUGUAGCUUGUUUCCCAGCAGCAGCAGGAUUGGCUUUUCGGGAUCCCUUUUUGGGUAGCCCACAUGCUAAGGUGAUGGACGGUCUUUAAUCGCUGAAAUCAGAGCUUAGCUGACAAGGCUCUGGCCACAGAGGACUCCCUAUCCCCGGCUGUAUUAGCUCGGCAAGGAGGUAUUUGUUCAGCUGAGGUCUCGUUCUCAAAGCCUGUAUCAAUAGCUCCCGUCACCUUCACCCAGAGCUGUAGGCAUUUAGCACUUCGGAAGAUCAUGUGGCCCUAACGCAAGACACAGAAGGAGGUAAUCGAUUAAGUUGGAAAGUAACUUUUCCCCAUAGUCACGUUCGAACCCUAAGGCCACUCUUCCAAUUCUGUCCUUUUCUGCUGCCUGGCUUUGCGAGAGGUUUUCUGGGUGGUGAGCAGAGCAGAACCUGAGGGGAUGCCAUGACUGCAGGCAGACGCCCUGAUGUAGAGAAGGGCUCAAAUCAAACCGCUGGAUUCCCCCCUGAGCUUUGCAGGGGUUCUGAUUCUGAAUCCGCUUUGAUGACUGACCCCUUGGACUUCCCCGAACCAGGGGUCCGCGCGCACAGGAAUUUCGGAGCAUUCAGAAUCCGAAUCUGCAGCUGCAGUGGUGGAAACCAGGGCUCAGGUGUGCUGAAAGCCUGGCCCAAAUCUCAGAGCCCUCUCUACACAAGGGCUAGCACAGCGACAGCUGGAACAUUGCUGAAACCGGGUCCAAUGUUUCCUAGCCUCGCUGGCCUCAGUGGUCCCGAGUCUGAUUUCAGUGGCACUGGUGCUCUGCAGUGAAGCCACUUCAGAUUUAUACCAGUGUAAACACAAGCAGAAUCUGGACCAGAGUCAAUAAUGGGCCCUGCCACAGGCUGCAGAGUUUCCUUGUACAUUGACAGUUCCGUAGGCUGUUCUUCUGUUAGAAUGACAAAGGUCCCAUCUAUCGUAACCUGCCUUGCUCAGUUUGAGCCUUUAGCUUUUGGUAUAAUUCAAUGGUAGCUAAUCUCUAGCCCAGAAUCUGAUUCCCCCUCCUUCACAGAGGCUUUGUUCCAUUUAAAGUGGUUAGUUCAAAAUGAAAAGGGAUUUUUUUCCUCCUUCUAUUAUUAUAAAUGUUCCUAGUCUGCAGCGCUCUCUGGGCUUCCAGGCUUUGAAAAGCUUUCGGCACUGAAACAUUUAUUAGAAUAACCGAGUCUUGUUAGGCACAUGGCCAGCUGCUCUGCAGUCCUGAGCAAAUACAAAUCCAGUCCAGUGUUUGGAGGGAAAAGCUAGCCGGCUGCAGGUCUGAACUCUUAGAAGAAUAUAUGUAUGUAUGUAACUUAUAUAUGUAUAUACAUAUAUACUCAUGUGUACACACAGAGAGAGCUUUAAUUCAAGCCAGCUACGUAAACUGAGAGCGGGGACACUAUUGGCUGGCUUUGUAGAUUUAAGAGUGCUAAAUUCUGCAGAGACUUUGGAGCCGCUCCUCAGUCAUGGGAGUCAGUUGACAUCAGAAGAGAAUCUAGCCCCUUUUUCCUUUCUUGACCCUUUCUCAGCAAGGGCCCGAGCCAAAGCCUGGUGACGCUAAUGCACAGCCUCCCAUUGACUUUGGUGGGUUUUGUACAAGGGGCCUAGAGGCAACUCAACACAUCGUGCCCAGUUAUAGUGUCAGGCCAUUCAGAACCAUUUUCCAGGGGAUUGCAUCUGCCGACUUUCCCUUUCCUCCACCUCUUUGUCCAGUGCAGACACAGAGGAAGAUCGAUCAGGUAAACCUACACAGAGCUUUCAGUUAUUCCCUUCUGACCCCAAGUGUCUUAUGCCUCCAGAUCAGUGGACAUCCUAAAUAGCUACAGAAAAACUCAGUCUGGAGUGGCACCUUUUUGGAAAGUUUAAGAUCCUGCCACCAGAUCUUGCUCAAUGCAUUUCCAAAGCCCCUCAAGGGUACCAGUGACUUUCUGAGCAGUGACUUUCUGUUUUGGCUCCCAGAGGUCUAAGUCAUAAACGUACAGUUGACAAUCAAACCAGACAAAACAAAUAAUAAUAAUAUAUAUAUCUCCACAUUGUUUGGUAAAUCUGCUUUUCAAAAUCACUUAUGAAGCAAUGUACUUAUCUAAUACUAACGUUCAACACCAUGUCUCCGGGAUAAAAUGCCACCCAUUGGUUAUUCUGUAAAUAAACACAAAGCCGACUUGUAUACAUUUAAAAACAAAACCAUUGAUAUACAUUCAAAACAAAAAAACAAAAAACCCAAUCCCCCCAUCUCUUUCCAGAAGAUUUAAAUAAUAAAUCUUCACUUUCCUUUUUGGGGCUGAUUCAAAAGCCCAACUAGGAGAAUGAAAAGUCUUUGGCAGCAGUUGAAAUUAUAGUGUUUUACUAUUCAACAACUGGGGAGGAAAAAAAAAUGCAUGUAAAUAUUUUUAAUAGGAAACAUAUCUUAAACAGAACUUUUUUUUGUAUGUACAUAACUCUCCUAGAGUUUAGUACGGAAAUUGCUUCAUAGUGUCUGUUAAAAACGAAAAUAACAUAAAUAAAAAUGUUUGUUAAUUGUUUUUGUUCUGACUCAAUGGCCAAAACUUUAAAAAUAAUAAUAAUAAUUAAUAAUAAAGACUACAAAAUAAUCUUUGCCAAUGGAUCUAGCACUGUAAUGGUACUGUCUAUUUUUUUUAAUGAUUUCUGUGCUGUGCCCAUUUAUAAAAGGAAAAAUAAAGUCAUUUAAACAUGGA